AUGACUUUGUGUGACCAAAGCAGCAUGACUUUGUGUGACCAAUGCAACAUGACUUUGUGUGACCAAUGCAACAUGACUUUGUGUGACCAAUGCAACAUGACUUUGUGUGACCAGUGCAGCAUGACUUUGUGUGACCAAUGCAACAUGACUUUGUGUGACCAAAGCAGCAUGACUUUGUGUGACCAAUGCAACAUGACUUUGUGUGACCAAUGCAGCAUGACUUUGUGUGACCAAUGCAGCAAGACUUUGUGUGACCAAUGCAGCAUGACUUUGUGUGACCAAUGCAACAUGACUUUGUGUGACCAAUGCAGCAUGACUUUGUGUGACCAAUGCAACAUGACUUUGUGUGACCAAUGCAACAUGACUUUGUGUGACCAAUGCAACAUGACUUUGUGUGACCAAUGCAACAUGACUUUGUGUGACCAAUGCAGCAUGACUUUGUGUGACCAAUGCAACAUGACUUUGUGUGACCAAUGCAACAUGACUUUGUGUGACCAAUGCAACAUGACUUUGUGUGACCAAUGCAGCAUGACUUUGUGUGACCAAUGCAACAUGACUUUGUGUGACCAAUGCAGCAUGACUUUGUGUGACCAAUGCAACAUGACUUUGUGUGACCAAUGCAACAUGACUUUGUGUGACCAAUGCAGCAUGACUUUGUGUGACCAAUGCAGCAUGACUUUGUGUGACCAGUGCAGCAUGACUUUGUGUGACCAAUGCAGCAUGACUUUGUGUGACCAAUGCAACAUGACUUUGUGUGACCAAUGCAACAUGACUUUGUGUGACCAAUGCAACAUGACUUUGUUUGACCAAUGCAACAUGACUUUGUGUGACCAAUGCAGCAUGACUUUGUGUGACCAAUGCAGCAUGCGGUUAGAACAAAUCUGA